AUGCUAGAACAGCAGCCGCUUCCCUUUUGUGCGCCGCGUGCUGCUGUGAGCGAGGGUGCGUCGCUGUGUCCGGGGGUCCGAUCAAGAGCGUCUGGGGGCCGCGCCCGUGGAUGUGCAGGGGGCCAGUGGCAGUGGGGCGGCCGAGUGCGUUGCUCGCGCAUCCUGCAAGACUCCCAGAGCCGGAGGAGCGGCUCCAGCUGCCCGCCCAGGAAGCGAGUCCUGCGGGUCCACGGGGCGCCUUCCCAUGCCCUGCUGGUCUGCCUGCCUGGAAUCCCAGCGGAGGAAGGCUGGGAGCGCCAGUGCUCCGCGCGGGAGGUGUGGACCUCGCAGUUGGAUCCUAUACA